AUGACCAAAAUUUGGUUCAUAUGGAAGGAAAGAUGCAAUAGAGCUUUUGACAACCAACAACAAACUCAUCAACAAGUAGCUUUAGAGAUUCAGAGACACCUAGCCUUUUGGCACAAGGAGAAAUUCUUAGUUAAAAGUAAAGAUCAAGUAAUAGGAAACAGAGAAAACAAAACCCGGAAACUUCCGGUAACACUCCAUAAUAAACUAAAUUUGGAUGCUGCUUGGAUCUCGAGUAGUAUCCCAGCAGGCUUUGCUAUAAUUUGUAGAAAUGAUGCAGGUGAAUCCACACAAGGAAGAGACGGACCAAUCUCAGCAAAUGACCCAGAAGAAGCGGAAGCUCUAGGUUUUUUACAGGCUGCUAAGUGGGCAAGAGCUAUAAAUCUCUCUGAUUUCAGCAUGGAAGGAGACUGCAAGAACCUUUUUGAUUAUAUAAAUGGAGAGCCAUCUCAAAUUGCUUGGCAAAAAAAAUCUAUCAUGGACGAAGUGAAAUAUGAAUUCUCUUUUUGUAUUAACUUUAAAGGCUUCCAUUUUGUUCCUAGAACUGCAAACAAUGCAGCUGACAUACUAGCCAAGAAGGCUAGAAUGUUCAAAACUACUAUUAGCUGGAGUACACACCCUCCUUCUUGUAUUCAAUAUGUUAUAGAAGUAGAUAAAUCUAAUACCAGGGUUCCCCCAAUACGCCCGUUACUAGAUGGCUCUACUCAUUGCGAUGGGAGGUAA